UGUGACAAGAAAAGAGGGUUGUGAGAAAUCUCAUUGUAACUGUGAAUGGUGGUGUGGUCGUACCCGCCGACGGCAAGGCAAUUGGCCGUCACCGGUGGCGUCUUUGUCAUUGGCGCUUCGCUCCUCAGCGUGGGAGCUUACUUGUCGUACGUGAACGUUGCUCCUCAGCAGGCUCGCGCACAAGCUCGCCGCGAAGCUUUCAGAAAUUAUAUCAGGAAGAAAUUCGGUGACUGACACCGCUGUAGAUGAUUCUCUUAUAAGCAUCAAUUUGCUAAGCAGAAAUUGAUGGCGAGGUUGAAGAACAACUUUCGUGAAGAAAUCAGCAAGCUGAAGCUGAGAGGUGACAUGAGGAAGAGAGAUAACACGAUCAUCAAAAGCCUCACGAAUAGAAUGACAGUCCACCUCAAUAUGUUUAGUACCCUCAUAAAAACUGGAUUUGCAGCAAUUGGAAUAGCACUAGUGUUGUCAGCAUAAAGACGGGUUGCAUCAUGCUGAGGGAAUCCAAGUUCAGCCAACAAGCCACGAAGCCAAAUGAUCUGCUAUUAGUUGUGUUUCAUAUUAUAAACUGUAUAAUUUAGGAAUAGAAUCAAUAGGUUUAUUUUAGGUUAUUUAUAUUCCUAUUUUAAGUUGCACAAAUUAGGAAUUACAUUUAUUUGUCAUUAAGAAUUGUAAAUGUGUUGUAUUAUAUAUUUGUGUGGAAUAAGAUGAGAAAGGCAUCAAGCCAGAAAACAAUUUGACAUGGUAUCAGAGUCUC